CCUUGGGGGGAGGGGCGCCCCGCGCUGCCGCUAGCGUCGCCGCCAUGGACCUAGGACCCUUGAAUAUCUGUGAAGAAAUGACUAUUCUGCAUGGGGGCUUCUUGCUGGCCCAGCAGCUGUUCCGCCCCAAAGCACUGGCAGAAUUGACAAAGUCUGACUGGGAGCAUGUUGGGCAGCCCAUUGUGGAGGCCUUGAGGGAGAUCUCCUCCACCGCAGCAUGCUCCCAACCCUUUGCCUGGAAGAAGAAAGCUCUGAUCAUCAUCUGGGCCAAGAUUCUUCAGCCCUACCCUGUCAGCCCCUCUGACACUGAAACUCGGUGGCAGGAAGAUGUGUUUUUCUCAGUAGGCAACAUGAUCCCUACCAUCAAUCACACGGUCCUUUUUGAGCUGCUCAAGUCCCUGGAAGCUUCUGGACUCUUUAUCCAGCUCCUGAUGGCCCUGCCCACCACCAUCUGCCGUGCAGAACUAGAGCACUUUUUGGAGCACAUGAUGAUUGACACUUCUUCAAAGGAUGUGGCCUUUUUCCUCGAUGUCUGGUGGGAAAUGAUGAAGCACAAGGGCAAUCAGCAGGACCCCCUGCUCUCCCAGUUUCGGACAAUGGCCCAUAAGUACUUAUCCUCUUCAGAUGAGUUCUCCCAUCCUCCAAAGAGGUUCAAGUCAGACCCAGAUGUGUGUCCUACCAUGCCCCUGUUGGCCAUGCUGCUCACUGGGCUGAAGCAAAUCCAAAAUAGAAUCCUGUGCCCUGGGAUGAAGUGCUGUGCAUUAGCCAACUUGGCUGACAUGCUGACUGUGUUUGCACUGAUGGAGGAUGACCCCCAGGAAGUAUCUGCAAGUGUGUAUCUAGACAAACUGGCCACGGUGAUCUCCGUGUGGAAUUCAGACACGCAGAACCCAUAUCACCAACAGGCACUGGCAGAGAAGGUAAAGGAGGCAGAACGGGACGUCAGCCUGAGCUCGCUGGCCAAACUCCCGAGUGAGACGAUUUUUGUGGGGUUUGAGUUCAUGCGCAGCCUGCUCCAGGAGUGGGGGGAAGAGCUGCAGGUCAUGCUCAACAGCAGCCACGGGACGAAUUAUGACAGCUAUCGGCUGUGUGACAGUCUGACUUCCUUCAGCCAGAACUUGAAGCUCUACCUGAAUACCACUGGCUUGUCCAAGGAGGAGAGGCAGGUGGUCUCUGAGCUGGCAGAGAGUGUUGAGGACUUCCUGAGGAAAACAAACAGGGUGCUGAAGAACAAGGGCUUCGAGAAGGACAUCACCGCCUCGAUUGCCAUGGCCGUUAUUGAGCAGAAGAUGGACCGGCAUAUGGAAAUGUGCUACAUUUUUGCUUCUGAGAAGAAGUGGGCCUUCUCGGAUGAGUGGCUGGCUUGCCUGGUUAAUAACCGGGCUCUCUUCCGAGAGCCAGACUUGGUGUUAAAGCUGCUGGAAACAGUGAUAGAAGUAAGUACGACAGACAGAGCCAUCCCCGAAUCUCAGCUCAAACAAGUGAUCGACUUGAUCCUGGAAUGUUAUGCAGACUUAUCACUGCCAGAUAAAAAUAAAGUCCUCUCAGGUGUCCUGCUCUCCUGGGGGCGAAAGGGCCUCUCUGAGAAGUUGUUGGCUUACUUGGAGGGGUUUCAGGAAGACCUCAAUACGACUUUUAACCAGCUCGCACAGAGUGCCUCUGAACAGGGCUUGGCUAAAGCUGUAGCUUCUGUGGCCCGCCUGGUGAUACUGCACCCGGAGAUGACAGUGAAGAAAAUGUGCAGCAUGGCUGUGGUCAGUCUCGGCACCCAUAAGUUCCUGGCUCAGAUUCUCACCGCCUUCCCUGCCCUUAGGUUCACGGAAGAGCAAGGUCCAAAUCCAUCCAUCACUUUCGUGGCGUCAUGCCUCAAAGAAACCGUCUGGACAAAGUUCUCUACACCCAAGGAAGAAAAGCAAUUUUUGGAGCUCCUGAGCUGCCUGGGGAGUCCUGUGAAGCCCAAAGGGAUUCCAGUCGCUGCUCUUCUUGAGCCAGAUGAGGUGCUAAAGGAAUUCGUCCUGCCUUUCUUGAUGCUGGAUGUCAGAGAGGUGGACCUCAGUCUGAAGAUCUUCAUCCAGACUCUUGAAGCGAAUGCGUGCUUAGAGGAAUACUGGCUCCAGACUUGUUCUCCAUUCCCCCUCAUCUUCAGCUUGUGCCAGCUCCUGGAUUGCUUCAGCAAAUACUGGCAGCUCCCCAAGGAGAAGCGGUGCCUCUCUUUGGAUGGGAAGGAUCUGGUGAUCCAUAUUCUGGAGCUCCUCUGUGAGAUUGUAUUAGCUAAUGCUGAGACCUUUUCCCCAGACACCUGGAUCAAGUCCCUGUCCUGGCUCCACCGGAAGUUGGAGCAACUAGACUGGACUGUGGGCCUGAGACUGAAGAACUUCUUUGAGGGCCACUUCAAGUGUGAGGUGCCAGCCACACUUUUUGAGAUCUGUAAGCUUUCUGAGGAUGAGUGGACCUCCCAGGCCCACCCUGGGUAUGGGCCAGGCACAGGGCUUCUUGCCUGGAUGGAGUGCUGCUAUAUCUCCAGCAGCGUCUCUGAGCGGAUGCUCUCCCUCUUGGUGGUGGAUGUGGGCAACCCUGAGGAGGUCAGAUUGUUCAGCAAGGGCUUUCUGGUGGCCCUGGUGCAAGUCAUGCCUUGGUGUAGCCCCCAGGAGUGGCAGUACCUUUACCAGGUGACCAGGAGACUAUUGGAGAAACAGCUCCUGCAUGUCCCUUAUAGCCUGGAAUAUAUUCAGUUUGUUCCUCUGCUCAACCUGAAGCCCUUUGCGCAGGAGCUCCAACUCUCCAUACUCUUCCUGAGAGCUUUCCAGUUUCUCUGCAGCCGGAGUUGUCGUAAUUGGCUUCCUAUGGAAGGCUGGAGCCAUGUGGUCAAACUCCUCUGUAGCAGUCUGACCAACCUCCUGGACUCAGUUAGGUUAAUACAGUCAGUUGGCCCACGGGCUCAAGGACAAGAACAGGACCUGACCCAGGAAACCCUAUUUUUUUAUACCCAGGUAUUCUGUCAUGUUCUGCACAUCAUGGCCAUGCUCCACCAAGAGGUGUGUGAACCACUCUACGUUUUGGCCUUGGAAAUCCUCACCUGCUAUGAAACACUGAGCAAGACCAACCCUUCUGUUAGCUCCUUGUUGCAGAAGGUAAAUGAGCAGCGCUUCUUAAAGUCCAUCGCUGAGAACAUUAGCCCCGAGGAGCGGCGCCAAACGCUGCUGCAGAAGAUCAGCAACUUCUGACCUUUGUAGAUCAGAAGACAGCUGGGCCUCAACUUGGUGGGGUCUACCAGGGCUAGAGCUGAGAAACUUUUUGGUUAAGUGAGAUUGUACACAAGCUGAAAAGUAUAUGGCAAUGACAGUGUAAAGAAAAUAGUUUCUUAGGUAUUUGUAACAUACAAAUUAUAAUAAAAGUCUCUUGAGUUUCA